CUUUGCAUUUCUCCCCGCUGUCAUGGCUGCAAUGGACCCCAGGCUCAGCGCCAUGCUCGACAGCGCGCAGUCCACGGAGCUUGGCGAGCAAUGCGGCCAGCCCGGCUCUCAAUGCCUCAUCACCGGCCGCAGCAUAGUCGUUGAAUCCGACAGCCUUGUCGCCUUCAAGCGGUACUUUCCGAACAACUUCUCUAUCUGGGUCGUCAAUCGUCGCACGGGCGGGACGGGCACUGCCCGUGGCUGCAAGGAUAGCCAGAUUUCGUGGGGCUUGAUGGGUCCUACCUCGUGGUUUGACGGGCGCGACACCAAGAACUCGACGAACCGCCAUCUGAGGGGAUUCUUCGACACGGACUCGACAAAGACCGAUUAUCUUCAUGAGCAAGUUGAGACGCACAAUAUCGACGCCGACCUGGUCCUCUGGUGUGAUGACCAGCUGAUGGAGGAGAACGCUUUCAAUGGAGUCGUGGCCGGGUAGGUCGCGCGGAAUCUACUCCACUCCAUUGCCUGGAUCAGUGCGCCACUUUGCGACGAUCAUUACCCCACACGGACACUCGAGCUGCUCAAUCAUGGUGAUCAAAUACAAUGACGAUGAUCUCUGCG